AUGAAUAACAUGAACGAGGAGAUGUUGUUCCUGACUGUAUCCCAGUCUCCGAAUGUACAACAAUUAAGGCAAGAUAUUUGGGAGUUUCUUUCAAGAAGCAAGUACAAUGUACAACAACUAAAGUUUACAUGGUCUCAAAUUCUUCUUGCCCAGGUUCCAAUGGCUCCAAAACAGCCAAACGCAGGACUCUUUGUGGGUCUAAACAAAGGGCAUGUUGUCACCAAAAAGGAAUUAGCACCUCGUCCUUCCGACAGAAAAGGGGAAGUUGACCCUUGUGAGGACUUGACUGAUGAUGACAUCAGAACCGCCAUACAAAAUGCAACAAGCCCUAGAUCUGCAUUGUUUGUACCUGAAAUGGGCCAUCGAUGUAUGGUGAAUGAGUUACAGAGAUUACCUGUUCUCAGAAAGAGAAUGGAUGAUGCCAUAGGGAAUUUUUUAAGUGAUGGUCUUCAACCUUCUGAAACCAUGAUUGGGCACAUAGUUGAAAUGGAGAUGGAUUACAUAAACACAUCACACGUGAAUUUUGUGUGUGGGAGUAAAGUUGUGGAGGUUACCGUGCAGCAAGUGAAAUCUUCUAAGCUUGCAACAAUAGUGUCGAGGCAAAAGGAUGGAGUUGAGUCUGAAAAAGCUCCACAAUCUGAAAGGGGUAUAAAGUCACGUGCAAUUCUUUCUAGGUCUGUUAAUGGAAUUGUCACAGAACAGCUUUCCAAUGGCAAAAUAAUAUCACGUUCUAUUCUUCUUUCUGCCUUUGAAACCGCAAGAGAUGCUGGAGCCCUUAGAGAACCUAAGAAGAAAUUGGAGAAGUAA